AGGCAACACUGUACUAGCGUUGACAAUCGGGCUGCGCGACUGCGCUUGUUUUGCUCGGCGUUUCGCUGAAUAUUUAAUUUAAUUUCAUUUGCUACUGAUUGAUUAUGGAGUCAGGAGAUACAGCCACCGAAUCGCGCAAUUUAAAUGAACUAGCGGCGACGAUGUUUGAAAAGACAGGAGAGUACAUUCAAGCCGAACUUUCAUCUACACUGGACGAUUACAGGUUGACAGAAGAAAUGAACAAGCUGACCAUAACGAAGUACAGUGAUAUGAAACAAAUCGCUGGCAAUGUCUCGAAAGCUCUUGAGGACCUUAACGGGAAAUAUCGGUGUCUAAAGCCGUAUUUGGACCAAAUUGACCAAGUGGAGGACAGCGUGACUAAAUUAGAACAAGCAGCAUACAAGUUGGACGCCUACUCCAAGCGACUCGAGGCGAAUUUCAAAGUCCUCGAAAAACGGUGAAUGUGGUGGACAAAAGCUGCAACACGCGAACAUACGGCUUCAUUUUGGAAGCUGUUCAUUGAUCCUGCCGCGCAGGCGAAGUGCAGGGUUGUGUAAUGAAACUAGCUGCGUUGUAGUGGCUUUUCUUUUUAAUGGUAAUAAAUGGUGCGACCGUUCAAUAUUCGCCGCAAAUACAUCGUAAUAA